AUGAAUCCUACAAAUAAUAUAAACACUGAGGAGUGUACUAUUAAAUAUUUAAGGAUUAUAUCUCAGGGUGAUGCUAAGAAUUUGAGCGAACUUGUAGCCAGUCCUAAAGGAAGCAAUGCUCAACAGGGCAAUGCUGACUGGAAAAAAACUAAAAAGGGAAAUAUUGUAAAGACAAAAAAUCAAAAGGCAAUUACUGACAUGAGAAGAUCUCGAGAAAUAGCAGCCGAACCGAGAGGGUCUCAAGAAAUAGCAGCCGAACAGAGAGGGUCUCAAGAAAUAGCAGUCGAACAGAGAGGGUCUCAAGAAAUAGCAGUCGAACAGAGAGGGUCUCAAGAAAUAGCAGUCGUGCAGAGAGGAUCUCAAGAAAUAGCAGUCGUGCAGAGAGGGUCUCAAGAAAUAGCAGUCGAACAGAGAGGAUCUGAAGAAAUAGCAGUCGUACAGAGAGGAUCUGAAGAAAUAGCAGUCGUGCAGAGAGGAUCUCAAGAAAUAUCAGCCGAACAGAGAAUAAAUGAGAAAAUAACUUUUGCACAAAUCUGUAUUUUUUUGAGAUUUGGAGAAACCUGUAUUGCUGAUUCCUUGAUAAGGUUAUAUCAUAAUGAAGAAUAUAAUAAUGGACUGGUCGUAAGAAUUAAGGGUAUUAAAGAUUAUGGUGGUAGCAAAUAUUAUGUCAAAGUGAGGGGAACUGUUACAAGUGAUGCUAAUGAAAUGAGUAGAUCUGAUUUAUCUAUCGAAAUGAAAGUUAAAAGGCUUUAUAUUAUAGAACAACAAGUGGUAUGUACGCUUUUGUUUUAUUUAUUACAUAGUGAUAAUCGUGAAGAGUUGUUAGAAAGACUGAGAUAUGAUCAAAUUAUGAUACACAAAUUAGUUUGGUGUUAUGCAAAUUACAGUGGAAUUAGCUUUGUUAAUAAUAUUCCAUUAUAUAAUUCUAUAAAUCGCAUAAGUGCACAUUUAAUUUUGUACGUUCAGGGUAAAAGGAUAACAGAAACAGAUUACGAUCAAAUUAUGUUAAAGUUGACUAGGGAAUUAAGGGCUGUUUGUAAUUUUUGCCAUAAGCUAGAUACAGUAAUAAAAUCAUGUAACCUCGUACGUACUUCAAUGUAUCCAGAUGGUGUUAAGUUUAGGGUUCGGAUAGCAGUACCUAAGAGAUUUAUAUUACGUAGAGAACAAUAUGCUCUUGCUAUUGCUAUGUUUAAUAUGCUCCUGGGUGAUGUAAUUAAUAGAAUAUAUUUUGAUUUUUAA